UCACGGCGAGUGCAAUAAAACAUCAACAUGUGUUCUGGUGAAAAAUAUGAAAAGCAGAAAUAAUUAUUUGUUUAAAAGUUGGGAUAAAUUGAAUUCAGAAGCUGAUCAAAAGCAUACUGAUUAACUAAUCGCAUUACAAAGGAAAGAACUCAUACUGCCAUGGAAACCAGAACCGUGGAACAAGUCGCAUUGGACAAUCCCAUUAUUUUGACGCAAAUUUUAAAACAGACCUCCGCCCCACUAAAAACUGCUCGUUUAGUCUCCACUUUCUGGAACGAUCUCGUCCUCUCCCUUCCAAACAGCAAACUCUCAUUAAAACUGGGUCACGAUAAUCUAAUCUCAAACACGGAAGAGGAUCUAAUUCUAUUUUUCGAGCUAUGUUUCGCCCUCGACGCCCGACUUGCGAAACACAUUUCCGCAACAAGUAUUCGCGGUCGGACGCCGCUUUACUCUUUCGCCACGAAACUGAUGCACACCUGCGACAAAUUUAGCGACACGGUGCAAAUUUUGGACGUUUCCAUUGCCCAUGAAGCCUGUCUCUCGCCGGUUUAUCAAGUUUUGAAAAACUGCUGCCCGAAUUUGAAACAAGUCCGGAUUUCUUGCACAUUUCUGCCCGUUUCAAAUUCCGGUUCGGAUGAUCAUGCCGUAAGUCGGGAUUUGGUUGUGGGGAAAAAAGCAAAUUUGACCGGGUUCGCGUUCACCUCGACACGGGUGACGCCGCGGGUGCCCAAAUUAAUUGAGGCGGUGGUCGCCGCCGCGCCAAAUUUAAGAGAAGCCAUCCUUCCCUGGGGAAUCUAUCCGGAUUUCGCAAACUCCAAGUUUCUCACCUCUCUCAAGAUCUCGCUAGAUGGCGUUCAACCAAAUCGCCCCGGCCUCGUUGACCGUAACCUUGCCGAACUGACCCGGAUGCUGACCCAGGUUUCCGACCGACUUGAAAAGUUAUCCUUUCGCCUAAAGUUUUUCGAGUUUAAAUAUUUGCGAAAAAUGUUUCGAACCGGAUUCCGCUUUCCGAGAAGGAUGCCGAAACUACGCAAAUUUCGCAACGAAUUAGGCGACGUUUUAGUGAGUGCCGAUUUCUUGCGGGAUCUUGAAGCGAUGCCGGUUUUACAAACGCUCGUGAUCUCGGACAGAUUGAGGAGGUCGAAAAGUUUGCGUGAAAUUUUGCAAAAUGUUUGCGACGCGGAAAAUAAUUUUUUUGCAAAUGUAACGAAAUUAGUGCUGAUGGAGGUACACGAUCCCAGACUUGUUGGCGGAUUGAAGACAGCAUUUCCGAACUUGGAGAGCUUAAAGGUAGACACGUAUGACGAGAUGGAUUCUGACGGGCGAAUGAGCAAGAUGGGGUUGGGCGUCGUUCUUAGCGCGUGUGUGGGUUGGGAGAGGUUAAAAUGCUUGAAUUUAGCGCUGCCCAUGUAUCCAGGAAGGAUUGGGGAUGUUAUUGAGGCUCUAAUGGAUAGCAGAGAAUUGUAUACGCAUCUUAAGACGGUCCUAAUUAGGACGUACAGUGAGAGCCACGUGCUCCACCACGUGGCAGAGGACGAUAUGGAUCGGUUCAUUGAACUACUUAUCGCAAUGAAUGGAAUGGAGGAGAUUGUAAUUUCAGAACUUUAUUUUUCUAACAAAUCAGCCGAGAACUUAGACGCUUUCAUGGUGUCGAAUAACAUGUUGAGGUCAAAAUUCAGGAUGAUAAAUACAGACUUUCCGUACGAAGCGGACCAAGAUAACUGUGAUGAAGACUUCAGUUCUAGGAAUAUGAGGAGUAAUAAUCCCACUAAUGUUAAUGUAAUUACGUAAUUCGUUAAAUACAAAUAUUUGCUGCUCGUUUAUCCAAAUAUGUACAUAUAAAUUAUUACUUAUUAUCGGAUUAUAUCAAUCUGAUUUUAAUCUUUACGAUCAUUAAUCGUAAACUGUCAAUCAACAUGCUUAAUUUGUAAUGCUUCGAUCAGAAUUGCGUAAAAAAAUUAUGUUCUUACAUUAUGUUACUUUGAACCUGGUGAACCAAAGUUCUACGGUAUUACCAUGUAUAAAGUCAUAAUAAAUUGAAAAAAAUAAGUAUGAAAGUAAGUAUGUACAUACAUAAGUAUGAUGCAAUACCAAAAUUUAGGUAUGGGUUAGCCUCACCGGCUAGAGGAUUAAAUGUAUGUAUUUAUAUAUUAUAUAGUGUUUCAUAAGACAAAUAAAACGGAUAAUUAUGUUCAAAUA